AUGGAGAUUCGUGGUCGCGACGACUAUGCACACUAUGUGGACCGAACGGCUACGUCGCAUGGCGGACCCGAGCGUAUCGACAGCUCAGCAUUUGAUGGCUGCCCGGAAUAG